UUUAAUCUUUGGAUUUGACUUAUUUUAUUUAGUUAUUACACAAUGUGAGAAUUUUUGGUGUUGCUUCUAAAUCGGGAACGAGGCAGGUUCUGCGUAAGCAGAAAUCUCAGACUGAGGGAAAGAAGGACGUCUCAUUAUUAUAGGAGGAUGUUGUACAACUAAAAGGAUGAGGAAACAAGGGAGUUGUUUAGGAGAUAAAGGGGCGACUUUACAGGGUAGUAUAGGGAAAAAGAGGCUAGAGACGAGAUGCAAUACCUUUCUGUACUUGUUCGUACUCGACGAUGUGUCGUCUACGAUUAAGUACAGAUCACUAAAUAUAUUUACCAUUUCCACAUAAUUGAAUUACAAAUUAUUACAAAAUGAAAUACACUCCAGUUGUUUUAAGUUUAUUAACCAUGGGCUUAGUAAAAGCCGCAGGUAAAGAUAAUUUGAAAGUCGUAAAGUCUGACGGCGAAUACCUCGAAUGGAAAAAGGCUGCAGAGAAGGCAAAGACUGUUGGUGAAGCCAAGAAGACUGAAUUUGAUGAGCUUUUAGAAAAGAUACCAAAGGACUCACAAGAUACCCCCAAACUUGAGGUUACUAAGAUCACCGAAGCCCUCAAAAAGGUCACUGAUAAGGUAGCCGAAAUCACUGCUCUUGAAGCAAAAGAAUUCAAGGAAGCCACUGAUGAAAAGAAAAAGGAAGCAUUAGGAGCCAAGGUCGGAAAAAUGGGAGUUGAGUUGGCUGAUCACAUCAUUGAAUUAGACGGCAUAAACAAGAAGGCACAUUCAGUUGCCUAUAAGGAAUUAGUAAAAGUCCACGGCCACGUCAAGAUGCUUGAGUUCUUGAAGGGAAAGAUCGAGAGCUUGGAGAAAGACGGAUUUAUGGCCGCCUCCCUUCUUUCAGCUUUGGCUCUUUCUGCUUUGGCUGUCGGUGCAUCCUUCAAUUAGACCAUCUAAUUUAUUCACAACACCAUAUACAUUAUUAUUUAU